GCCCCUCAGCCCGGAAGGAAGUGGAAAUCCCUGUAGCUACAUGGUCGCGCGGCUACUAGCGUGGUAGUAGUGGUGCUCGCUUUGGGGCGUGUGGUUCCCGCUGUUAGAUCAGAGGUGGCUGCAGUCUCUGUGUCGCUGUAGAACCUGAGACGGCGUGUGAGCCAUGGUGAGGAGAUCCCGGCGGCGCGGAGCCGCCAGGUGGGCAGCUGUGCAUGCCGGAGGAGGUCGCACCGCGGCAGACGAAAAUGGAGACGAUUUAUUAGGGCCACCCUCGCCUGGGGACUCCAGCUACUACCAAGAUGAAGUAGAUGACUUUCAUGAGGCGCGAGCCCGGGCAGCCUUGGCCAAGGGCUGGAGCGAGGUGAACAGCGGGGAGGAGGAGGAUGGCGAGGAGGAGGUGCUAGCCCUAGAUCUUGACGAUGAAGACGAAGACGGAGAGAGUGUGGGGGAGGAGGGCGUUGAUGAUGAUGACGACGGCGGCAGCUCCGUGCAGAGUGAGGCUGAGACCUCUGUGGAUCCCAGUUUGUCUUGGGGUCAAAGGAAAAGACUUUACUAUGACACGGACUAUGGCUCCAAAUCCCGAGGCCGGCAGAGUCAACAAGAUAUAGAGGAGGAGGAGAGAGAGGAAGAGGAGGAGGCACAGGUCAUUCAGCGGCGCCUAGCCCAAGCCCUGCAAGAGGAUGAUUUUGGAGUCGCCUGGGUGGAGUCCUUUGCAAAACCCAUGCCUCCGGUAGAGGAAGCUGAAACACGGGUCGUCAAGAAUUUGGCUAAAAUUUCAGUAAAAGAGAAGCUAAAGAUGCUGCGAAAAGAAUCACCAGAGCUCUUGGAGCUUAUAGAAGACCUAAAAGUCAAGUUAAGAGAAGUGAAAGAUGAGCUAGAGCCAUUGUUACAGUUGAUAGAGCAAGAAAUAAUUCCACCCGGGAAAGGGAGCCAAUACCUGAAGACCAAAUAUAACCUCUACUUGAACUAUUGUUCCAACAUCAGCUUUUAUUUGAUCCUGAAAGCUAGGAGAGUCCCCGCACAUGGACAUCCUGUCAUAGAAAGGCUUGUUACCUACCGAAAUCUGAUCAACAAGCUGUCAGUUGUGGAUCAGAAACUGUCCUCUGAAAUUCGACAUCUGCUUACAUUGAAGAAUGGUCCUAUAAGGAAAGAAUUGAACCCAAAAGCAAAACUCACCAAGGCCAAGCCAAAGUCUGCUUCAAAGACUUCCGCUUCUCGAAAUCUCUCUGGUGAUUCAGAUUUUAAUGAAGAAGCUGCACUGAAAUACUACAUAGAAAUGGAGGACAGGCAAAAGUUGAAGAGAAAGAAAGAAGAAACUUGCGCUGAAGAACAGGCUCUUGAAGAUCAGAAUGCAAAGAGAGCCAUUACCUAUCAGAUUGCUAAAAAUAAGGGACUCACACCUAGGAGGAAAAAGAUUGACCGCAAUCCCAGAGUGAAACAUAGGGAGAAGUUCAGAAGAGCCAAAAUUCGAAGAAGAGGCCAGGUUCGUGAAGUUCGAAGAGAAGACCAACGUUAUAGUGGUGAAUUAUCGGGCAUUCGUGCUGGAGUUAAAAAGAGCAUAAAGCUUAAGUAAAAUGUUUGCUUAGCUUAAUUAAGGUUUUUGACAAUCAUGUUAGAUUAAUAAAUUUUUAUUUUUAAAGUGAUUGUGUUAGUAAUAUAUUACUUAAGUUUUAAAGUUCAUGCCAGGGAUAGUAGGGAGCUUAUUGUUUAUGUGCCCUUUAGUUGAUAUUAAAGUCAUAUUAAGAGCUGUAGGAACAGUAUGAAGAUGCUUGGGGAAAGAGAUGGUAUUGAAAAAAGAUGCGCGAUAUUUUGUUAAGUACUAGCCUGGGAAAGUUUCCCACUCAGUUAAUUGUGGAGUAUUAAUGGAACUUAAGCACUUGUAUAACUUUUUACAUAAAUAGACUGUACCUUAGGCAAUCAUCUGUAAGACAGUCCAUAAAAAUAGUUCUGCCGUAUAUUUACCUAGCUACACUAUUUGGGCAAGAUACUUAUUAAUGCAUGAGUCUAAUGUUGAGGUGGAUUUUGUAAAAAUAUAGGAAUAAAGAGGAACUUUGAUUAAAAGUAGAAAAAGAAAAAAUA